ACUCACUCUCAGGGACGAGCCCAGCUCUCCUGCAGCCACUGAGGGGCCCAUCUUAGACACCUGCAAGAGACUCUCCCACAAGCUUUCUCCACGCCGGGACCUCCUGACCACGACUCUUUUCUCAGCCUCCACACACGCUCCCUGCCAGCAGCAUCCUGGCUUUUAGCAGCUGGGGUAGCACAAAAUCCCAACCUCAGAGGUGGCAGAGAGACUGCGUGGAAGGAAGGUGCGAUGGGGAUCAGGCAGUCAAGGACCAACUCCAAGGACAAGGACCCCAAGGGGAUGCUGCUCCUGAGGAGGAGGAAGAAGUUCUCCCCGUGGGAUGACACCCUGCUCUCAGGAAAGGACCCACGGUCCCUGCUGAAGCAGGGCAUGUGCCACGUCAGCUUUUGCUUGGUCACAAAAGGAAUGACAGACAUCCCAGACUUUCUGUGGGGCUUGUCCGAGGUCCAGAAACUUAAUUUGUCUCACAACCAGCUCCGGAUUCUCCCUCCCGAGGUGGGGCGACUGACUCAGAUUGUGGUCCUGAACUUGUGCGGGAACCGCCUGAAGAGUCUGCCCGGAGAAAUCAGCCUCCUCCAGGGCCUCAAGGUUCUGUUCGUCAACAUGAACUGCCUGACCGAGGUGCCAGCCGAGUUGAGCCUGUGCAGGAACCUGGAGGUCCUGAGCCUGUCGCACAACUGCCUGUCCCAGCUUCCGGCCAGCUUUGCUGACCUCUGCAGACUGAGGAAGCUGAACCUCAGCAACAACCGUUUCGUCCACAUCCCCAUCUGCGUGUUCUCCCUGAAGCAGCUGGAUUUCCUGCACGUGGGCUCCAAUCGCCUGGAGAACAUCGCAGAGAGCAUCCAGUGCCUGGCCAGCCUGCAGAUCUUCAUCGCCGAGAGCAACAACAUCCACUCCUUCCCCAGGUCGCUCUGCCUUGUCACAAGCCUGGAGCUGCUGAACUUAAACAACAAUGACAUCCAGACCCUCCCCAAUGAACUCUACCUGCUGUGUAGACUGGCCAGGAUUGCUUGGAAUCCCAUGGACAAAGGGCUGCACAUUUCCCAUAACCCUUUAGCCAAGCCCCUGCCGGAAGUGGUAGAGGGGGGCCUGGACAUGCUGUUCGGCUACCUGAAGGACAAAAAACACAACUGACGUGGGCUCUGGAGGCGUGGACAGAAGCCAGCUCCUCUGCACGCUGUCAACCUGGGUACUUCUCUAGUCUACGCUUUCUACUCCCAUUGUUAGUAUCUGUCCAUGCUUUUGUUGAUAUUUGCUAAAUUGUUGUUAAACAUCCGUCCUAGGCAGGUGUUUGCUUUUAACUCUGUAUGUUCUUAAUAACCUCAAGAAUAUUAUGUUCAUCUCAUUCUAAACACAAAUUGAAAUAGCCUUUUGGUUUUCUCCAAAGAGAACUGCUCUGAUUCUUCUGAGGAGCAGUGAGAGUCAGCCCUUGCAAUAGUGGACAACAGGUGUGAAUCUGAUGAAAUUCAAAAGUCAAAUAUUUACUAAGUAUGUACUGUGUGCCAAGUACGGUAGGAGGCACUGAAACCACCUGGUUUCAGAUGGUUCUACCCUUGAAUGGGCUACCUGUGGCCAGUGGCAAGAGCAAGACGUGUCCUUCUGCAGCCUCAGCCAAGCACUGCUUGGGACCAACAGGCACCAGAGCCACACUCUGCUGCCAGUGACCAAAACAAGUAGAGCCUUCCUCUCAAGUUCAGGGGAAACAGCCAUAGUGAUGUUUUUCUUUAGACUGGCUGUAGAGUCGUGAUCAAGCUGCCCACGUUUAUGUCUGUGCUGAGUAAUGGGGGUAGCAUGACGGCUUUCAGAUAAUGAACAUGAACUGACUUUAAUGUGUAGUUUCAGCCUUUCCCAGUCCUCCACCCACAGUCAUGUUCCUGAGCUUCUGUUUUAGAGAUAACAGCCAGUACUCAAAUGAUCCCACUCUAUGCUCAUGUCUUCCCCUGACUAGAUUCGUCCUCCCAGAAAUAGUCUAAUCAUUGGAAUAAUGUGGCCAAAACUGGCCGAAAGGCAGGAAAGAGGAGGUGAGACAUAGACAAGCCACAAAAAAAGUAAUUACCCUUUUAGAAUUCAGAAGAGGAAGAUAUUGGUUUUCUCAUGUGGACAUUAAAAAUGUGAGUUUAGUGACAUUUCAAAGCUCUUCGGACAAAAGGCCCUAUGAAAACAUUGAGUUUGCUCGGUUUUUGAUGUUAAGAGCAUACAGCUGUUAGAUAAACACAGACACCAGGACAAGCAGUGACAGUGUCCCGGCACCAAGAGUCAUUGGAUCUUAUUGCUACAGCAGCAGCCAAAAGCCGCAAGACAUUAAUAUUUAUUUAGAGUUAAAGAAUUAGAGUGACAAGGUGGCAGUGAAGAAAGCAUAGUCCUUCAGGCCCAGGAAGGGCCAAUCGCUGUUUUCUUGGCACAUCUGUCUGCAGAACACAGCAAACAAGAUCGAGACUUAGGAUUUCCAGUUGCUGCCAAGGCUUGCAUAAACUUCUUCGCAAUACUCAGUUUAAUUCAAUUAAACUUAUGUUUACUAGCAUCUUCCCCAGUCUGGAAACUGGGCUGGGGACCCGAGAGGAAUAGUACUCAGCUCCCUCUACCAAGGAGCUCACAGUUUGGUAAAGAAAUAGACCAGGGUUUUCAUAAUGUGCGGCAAGUUGGGAUCCCUGCUGGAGAGCCAUGUGGGCAAUGACCUGGGGCAAGAGUAACACCCUGCAUGGUGUAGACUGAACCUGAAGUCUCAGUAAUGAGAGAACAGUAAGCAAAGAAUACAGUGGGAUGAAUCAGCCAAGCCCUUCAGUCACCGCAGCCAUCCAACCCUAAUUCCUGCCCCCACCUUUUUUCACCUCAUUUGCAAAAAGCAGCAAAGAGCUGAGAGGCCAGGCAUAGCUCGUUCUCGGGUUCUGAGCUUAGGCAAUUUUAGGGUGGAGCUUCUGUCUUACUUUUUCUAAGAGCUGCUCAAAGGGAAUUCAUAUAACUUAUUCGUAGGAGCAAGUGAUUUUUCCCAAUAGACCACAAAGUCAAUAUUCCCUUCCAUAAAAGAGGGAAGCCAAUUCCUGCUUUAUCAUCAGAUACCACAGUUCCAUUAGCACAUUUGUGCAUGAGCUCCUCUGCUGAACUGUUGCAAACAGACCUUACCAGUGUCACUUGGAGGUGGCUAAAGAAGCCUCCUCUGAAUCUCCCUCCAGCAGCAACUGGAGACCUGCAUAUCCAUGCCAGGCAUACACAGGCACACUCCAAAAUCCUCCCCCACAUUAGCUUGUUGGAGCCAAGACUAUUUAAAGACAUCAGUGGAAUCUUACUUGACCUCCUGCCUCAGUGGUAAUACCGAGCCUUCCUGUGCAGAACUGGGUAGGUCACUUACUGACCUUGGGCUGGAGCCCACACAGCUGUCAGACAAACACCAGCGCAUGCCAGGAUCAUGCCUGCGUGUCUGCUGCUGAAGAACCACUUGGGCUCCCCCUGAAUUUCUGUGACCUUGCUAUGGGCAGGCGGGGACAGCAGUACUGCACUUUUCCUGCUGAGCCAUCAUUUCAUUUCCUCUCACAGCCUUUUCAGUCACUUGAUCCCACAGUAACUCUACUCCAGGGAAAGAAUGUAACCAUAUUUUGAAGGUGACCCAAGAGCUUACAGUACUUUUUAUAAGGAAAAAAAUAGUAUCAAGUUGGUUGCCAGCUUCCAUGGGUGCCUUUCAAAGUAUAGCUAAGCAAAGUUUUCUUUGUUAACACUUAGCACUGAGGAAAUCAUGAAAGUGUAGUAGUUGCCCGAUGUGCUUUAGGUAUUGAUUCCUUGUGAAUGCUCCUUUUUAUUGAUAAAGGGGAGUGCUGAGCAAAAAUCUGGUUAAAAUGCUUAUUCAAAACACUAACAUGGAGGGAAUUUGCUAUAACCUUCAGUGUCUUUGCUGUCAGAUGCUACCGUUGCUGACUGGCUAUGAAACGCUCCUUUCUUAUUUUUUGUGCUUUGAAUACUGCCACAUUCAAUAACGCCCAGGUAUUUAUAAAGCUUCUGAAAUCAGAGCACUGAGAAUGACUGCAUUGGCUGCGGAACAGGUUUAGCCAAAGAAUAUGAGCUAAUUGGGUGCUUGAUAUGGGGAGCUGGCGGCUCACGUUCUUGACGAGGCUGUGGUGUGCAUGUCACUUGGCUCGGCACGGAAGGACUCAGUGUGUGCUCAGAAACACCUUUUGAAGCAGCUGCAGCUCACAAGCAUACCAUUAAGAAGAAAUUCUAGGUUCCUAGGGGAGGAAAAAGACUUUGAAAAGACACAUCUGUUCAAGGAAUAAUACUGCCAAAUGCAUGAUACUCUGCGUGUUAGAAAGAAAAAUGUAGUCAUUACUCAGCUUGUUGACUUAAUAAAUGGCUAACAGAAGAAAUGUACUCCAUUCUCAGGCUUUAGUUAAUAGACUGCCUUUCUGUGCUAUCCAAAGAUAGAGUGACUUCAGGAAAGCACCUGGAUUUCACAACAGAGUCAUGCUUGUGCUGGAAAGAUAAAAGAGGGAAUGCUGUUACUAUUUGUAAGGAUGCAUUAAACUAAACCCUUUUCUUUUGGCAAUGGAUAUUGCAUUUUGAAAGUCCAUUUCAUGUGCCUCAAGAUAUACUGAAUAUACAUUUUGAUAGCCAUGCAUUGAAAGCAGAGGAAGAUGGAAGAGCUGUGGGCUCAGUCACUGGAAACACAUUCAGGCAUCAACAGCCUGAGAUUAUGGGGGUGAGUGAGUCCUGGAGGCAUGACUGGGGUGCUUUUUUCACUAAUGUACACAUGCUGGAGGAGUCACCUGUCAGGAUGGAGUCAUUGAGAUUCUGUUAAAAUUGGUAAGAAACUAAAGAAUGAGUUCACUAAAUGAUGCAAAACAAACCAAAACAAAACAAGAAAGCAAAAAAUUUGAGCUGCUAGAUUAAGCCAAUAUGAAGAUCCUAAAUACUGAAUUAUGCCAUCACUAUCUACUAUUUAAGUAUCUAAGUGCUCCCUACCCUCUCAAUUCAUAAAAGAGCUAUUUUUCAGUACUCUAUAACAUACACUUGAGAAACACAAAACACUCAGCCUAGAGUUAAUGUACAACUAAGUACCAGUACCCUAGGUGUAAUUUUAAAAUUAUGAUUAAUUUAGGAACACCAAAAUACAACCCUUUCAUGUAUUUUAAGAAAAUGAAAAAAAAAUUCAGGGGAACGUGAAAACUACAUAAACAAAUAAUGAGAAUUUUGGCCUUAUUGACAAAACAAUGUUCUACGAGUAUUUUAAGUUACCUGUCAUGUUACACCUCGAAUCCAAAGCAUUGCUAAUUUAAAAAAAAAAAAAAAGGUGACAGACAGCAUGGUAAUAAGAGGGGAAACAGACAGAGCAGGCUAAUAAUGACUUGGGAGAGCUGGGGCGUCAUCGGGCGAGCAUGACAGAAAGCGAUUAGCACGAAGCUCGCUAUGCAGAUUUUUUUAGUCGUGUCAUAGGAAUCGACUUGCAAGCUUACUUUGUGUUGCUUCUAGACUCCUUAUUUCAGCACAGAACAGAAUCUUAAAGGCGAACUGGAGCCAUAUCAAAGUAUUUCCUGACACUUUUGAGAGGAAGAGACAUGAUGAAAAGCACAAGACUAGGCUUUGAUGGUAGGAGCUGGAGCUGCUGACAGAACCUCACAGGAUCACCCAUAACUCUCUGGUCUUGAGUGACUGAAGUGUGCCAGGACAUGCCACUUUAGGAAGUCUCUGUUUUCUUCUGGUCUCCUGAGCAUCAUGCCUACCAUCCUAUGCACGUGCAUGAGAUGAGGCUCAGUGGGGUGGCGGGAAAAGCUCUGGACCAAGAGCCGGGUGUGUGGGUCACGUGGCACUUACUGAGCAUCUGUGUGUCCUGAGGCUUUGUAGGUGCUGGGCACACAAGGAUGGGACAGCUGCCUUCCCCCAGAGGCUCCCAAAGAAGAGGAGAUUCAGCUAAACACAGUGCGAUUCUGUAACAACGACUGCCUUAAGAGAUGUGUGAGCAAGAGCAAAGGCAUUCGGAGAGAUCAUAGGAUGGCAGAGGGCCAGCAUAAAUGACAUGGUGUGGGGCACACACAGUCAACACAACAGUUGCAGCCCUGACAGUUCCUCUGUUUCAUUUUGUCUUGAUGGAAAAUUUGUGCAUCCCACUGUUCCAGAGCAGUCUCCUUUAUAUCACCUUUGUGGCAUUUGUCCUUUUCUUCCACUGGAACCUAAGAUGUGGGGCAGACACAUGGCAGAAGAGGGGCACAGCAUGUCCUGGAUCUGAGGGGUGCUCCUGAGCUUCUCCUCUAGCGCACUAUAGGCCAGGGUCCUUCCCCAGCGUUCUGAAAGGACCCUGGGUUGGCAGUGGUCCUCGAUGCUGGCUGGCUGUUCAUCAGAAUCCCCUGGGGAACUUCAAAAAAAGAAAGGCUUGUGCCUCAAUGUGAGAGACUCUGAUGUAGUUGGUCUCGGUGAGACCAGGCUUCUUCCUUUCUUUAAAAGCUCCAUAGGUAAUUCCCUCACUCAUUCUGGGUUGAGAAAUGCUGAUGUAGGAGCUUCCCUAAAUGGUCGGAGAUGGGACUGUGAGGCCAAUGGGGCCGUGAACCUAGCAACCAAAAGAGGACAGUGAAUGGAGGGGGCUCCGAGCCUGGUCAGCAGGUUGCAGCCCUGCCGAUGGUCGAGGGUAGGGCCUGGCAUGUGUUGUUCUAACAAGCACGGCAGGUGUUCUCUCCAUAGCCUGGUCUGGCCGAGUGUGUGUUCACUGGAAAAUGUGGAGCUCUGGUUCCCUGACCCAGCUGCCUCUGGGUGCUGCUGACUCUCCCGACCAUCUCUGCCCUUAGAUGGGGUACUCCUUGAUGCCUGUUCUCUUUGCAUCCAGUAGAGGAGAGAUACUCAGUACUAAUGCACUGAAUGAAUGAAUGAGUGAGUGAGAAAGGCAAGGAGAAUGCACGGAUCACUGCACCUCCCUGGGCCUCAGUUUUCUACAAAGUGAGGCAAUUGAACUCACUUUAAGCUCCUUUCAGCUUUGAAAUUCUAUGAUGGUAUUUUUUUCUUUUUACUUUGUUUUCCUCUUAUUUAAUGCUUCAGUAAAUAGAUACCUGAGCUUAUAAUUAUUUUGGAUUGUUCAAGAAAAGCAAAAAACAUCUGGAGAUGGUUGAGAUUGGUGUUAGUGCUUUAAUACAUCCCUGCAGCACCAUAGAAAAUGUAGUUUUAAUUUUGGUUGACAUUCAAAAGUCUAACAAGAGAUAGGCCUGUACCGAGGGUAAAUCUAGAUAGAUUUGCAGACCUCCAAACUGCCUGGAUUCUAGCUCUAAUUUUUUACUGGAUUGGUGGCUCAGAGGGAAACACGUGCUUGGCUUUGUUGAUUGAUUGAUUGAUUGAUUAAAAACUUACCUGAUUUACUUUUCUGGAAGAGAUAAAAUUCUUAAUUAUCUGUCUUCCCUAAAACAAAACAAAACAAAAAGAUAUAAAGAAAUAUCUCAUUGGAUUUGGUUCUAUAAUGUGAUUUGAGCACUUAGAGCUGAACCCUUUCCUCUUGAAAAAAGAAAGGGAAGCCGGGGUGUCCCAAAGUGUGAGUGGAGGAAGCGUCACAACAUGAUCGACCCCUUCUCCAUAGAACCCCCUUCACAUGCACGUCUGAGUCAAACCUGGAUUCUUGCUACACAUUUUCAGAAGCAACUUUUGCAUAUGAACACACGUGAAGCUGCAAAAUAACUCUUCCUUUGGUAUCUUUGAUUCUUAAUAAUAUCACUGUUCUCUCCACCUUCACGGUUUUGAUCAAAGUCACAAACUGAUGUUUUCUACAUUGCGGAAAUUGGAAAAUAAAAGCUUCAAUUUGCUUUGACUAACCUUUAUUAUAAGAGGGCAAUAUACAAUUGUACAUGACAAUCUUGUGGAAUAAUCUUGUUGCCAUAAGUAAUUUGAGAAUUCAACAUACAGUUCUGGUAUUACCCUCCUCAGCCAAGAAAUAUGAGAAGGUUUAAGGAUUUGCAUUCUGAACAUCACAGGA